AUGGCAAGUAGCAAAUCAGACGUUACCACGAAUGCAAAUGCAAAUCGGUGUGUUAACUUGCAAAGAAUGCAAAAUGUUGUUUUAGUUUGGUUGGACAGCAACAUUGACGAUAAUAAUGAUGAUGGUAAUAAUACAAUCAAGCAAUUGAAACGUGUAGUUAACAACGUAAACACAUUUACAGAUGAUAAACAAUGUAUUGAAUUUAUUCAAACCAUUACAAAUAACAAAGUAUGUCUGAUUGUUUCUGGUUCACUUGGACAACAUAUUGUGCUUCAUGUUCAUGAUAUGUCCCAAGUAGAUACCAUUUUUGUUUUUUGUAACAAUCAAAAAUGGCAUGAACAAUGGGCCAAAGAAUGGCCGAAAAUAAAAGGGGUUUUCACAGAUAUAAUACCAAUCUGUGAAGCUCUUAAACAAACUGCUCAUCAAUGUGAGGAAAAUGCCACUUCAAUUAGUUUUGUAGCAUCAACUAUGAAAUUAGACCAAUUAGAUCCAUCAUUUAUGUAUACUCAAAUUUUGAAAGAGAUCUUAUUAACCAUCAACUUCGUAGGUGAGCACAUCAAUGACUAUAUUCAGUACUGUCGUGAUGCAUUUGUCGAAAAUGAGUAUGAAUCGCGUAAAAUUACAAAACUGGAACGUCAUUAUCAUGAUCAAACACCUAUUUGGUGGUAUACUUAUCCAUGUUUUCUAUAUCCUAUGCUUAAUCAUGGAUUACGAUUAAUGGAUGUUGAUAUUAUUAUUCGAAUGGGUUUCUUUAUUAAUGAUUUACAUCGUGAUAUUCAGCGGCUACAUUGGGAACAAUUUGAUGAUGAUUCAUCGGAUAAAAUAUUUACAGUUUAUCGUGGACAAGGUCUUUCGAAAGAAGAUUUCACCGAAAUGACAAAAACUAAAGGUGGACUUCUUUCAUUUAAUAACUUUUUAUCGACUAGUAAAAAUCGUGAUGUGUCUCUAAAAUUUACUCGGCAAGCUGCUACAAAUCCUGAUCUUGUUGGAAUUCUAUUUGUUAUGUCUAUUAAUUCUGCUCGCUCAACUACUCCAUUUGCUUCUAUUAGUGAUGUUAGUCAUUUUCAGACGGAAGAUGAAGUUCUCUUCUCUAUGCAUACUAUUUUUCGCAUUGAAGAUAUUAAACUUAUGGAUGAAAAUAAUCAUCUCUAUCAAGUGAAUUUAGCAUUAACGGAUGACAACGACGAAGGUCUUCGUAGUCUUACUGACCGUCUACGUCAAGAAACUUUUCCAGAUGUAGAAGGAUGGGACAGAUUGGGAUUAUUGCUAAUUAAAAUGGGUCAAUUUACCAAAGCUCAAGAAGUUUAUGAAGUUUUACUUCAUCAAACAAGACAUGAAAGUAAUAAGGCACCGAUUUAUCAUCAAUUAGGCAUGAUUAAACGUAAUCAAGGAGAAUAUCAAGAAGCACUUAUAUAUUAUAACAAAUCACUUGCUAUCGAUCAAAAAACUCUUCCUUCCAAUCAUUUUAAGUUAGCUUCUUGCUAUAACAACAUCGGUAACGUGUAUAAGAAUAUGCAUGAUUAUCCAAAAGCACUUUUAUUUCAUGAAAAAUCCCUUACAAUUCGUCAACAAUCACUUCCACUCGAUCAUCCUGAUCUGGGUGCUUCCUAUAACAACAUCGGUAGUGUGUACUACAGCAUGGGUGAUUAUCCAAAAGCACUUUCUUUUUAUGAAAAAGAUCUUGUAAUUGGACAACAAUCACUUCCUUCCAAUCAUCCUGGUCUAGGUGCUUCUUAUAACAAUAUAGGUUUGGUAUAUUCGAAGAUGGGUGAUUAUUCAAAAGCACUUUCCUAUUAUGAGAAAGCCCUUUCAAUUAAACAGCAGUCACUUCCUUCCGUUCAUCCUGAUUUGGCUUCUUCCUACAACAAUAUCGGCAUGGUAUUCUACAAUAUGGGUGAUUAUUCAAAUGCACUCUUAUCUCAUGAAAAAGCUCUUGCAAUUCGACAACAAGCACUUCCAAAUAAUCACCCUGAUUUAGGUGUUUCCUAUAACAACAUUGGUAAUAUAUAUACAAAGAUGGGUGAUUAUCCAAAAGCACUUUUAUUUCAUGAAAAAGCCCUUGCAAUUCAACACCUAUCACUUCCACCCAAUCAUCCUGAUUUAGCUACUUUCUACAACAACAUCGGUAUAGUAUACUAUAACAUGGCUGAUUAUUCAAAAGCACUUUUAUCUCAUGAAAAAGCUCUUGCAAUUCGACAAAAAUCACUUCCAUCUAAUCAUCCUGAUUUGGCUUCUCCUGAUGGCAACAUCGGUAAUGUGUACAGAAAGAUGGGUGAUUAUUCAAAAGCACUUUCAUCUCAUGAAAAAGCUCUUGCAUUUCAACAACAAACACUUCCUUCCAAUCAUCCUGAUUUGGCUACUUCCUACAAUAAUAUCGGUAUGGUGUAUUACAAUAUGGGUGAUUAUUCAAAAGCAUUCUCAUAUUAUGAAAAAGCUCUUGCAAUUCGACAACAAUCACUUCCAUCUAAUCAUCCUGAUUUGACUUGCUCCUACAUGGCAAUCGGUAAUGUGUAUUAUAGCAUGAGUGAUUAUCCAAAAGCACUUUCUUAUUUUGAGAAAGCUCUUACAAUUCGACAACAAUCACUUCCGUCUAACCAUCCUGAUUUAGGUGCUUCCUACAAUAACAUUGGCAAUGUGUAUAGAGAGAUGCGUGAUUAUCCAAAAGCACUUUUAUCUCAUGAAAAAGCUCUUACAAUUCAAGAACAAUCACUUCCAUCCAAUCAUCCUAAUUUAGGUAGUACUUACAACAAUAUUGGUUUAGUAUAUGACAGUAUGGGUGAUUAUCUAAAAGCACUCUCUUAUUAUGAGAAAGAUCUUGCUAUUGGACAACAAUCACUUCCUUUCAAUCAUCCUGAUUUGUAUACUUCAUACAAUAACAUCGGUGCGGUGUAUGAGAAUAUGGGUAAUUAUUCAAAAGCUCAUUCAUUUUAUGAACGUGCUGUACAAAAUGGACAACAGUCAUUAUCAUCAAAUCAUCCCACUCUUCAACAAUUGAGGAAAAACCUUGAAGAUAUCAAAAAGAAAUUAUAA